GUCUCCAUACAGAAUUACUCCCAGCCAGUGCGUACAAUUGGUUUGUCAUAGUCGCAGAGAGCUCAGUUUCUGGACCAAAACAACUUAGAUUCUUCUCCCCCUGCGGAGCUUUUCUCACAAGAACCCCCCCUACCACCACCUCUCCUUUUUCCAAAUUCUUCUGGAUAAUCUUUUUUUUUUUUACUCUUGUUUGCGUGCGUGAGUGGUGAGGAGCUGUUGGCGUUUCGCCUUUCAGUUGUAUGGGACGUGAUGUAGCCCCCGCACAGAAGGACGCCUUGUGCCAUAAAGGGAUGUAAGGGACAGUACCGUGGAUACAACGCUGGGAAGCUGCUGUUUCUCCUGUCAUCACCGGGGACUCGGGGAUUGUGGACGCACCGCAGAUUAGAUUGAGGCGAUUUUUACGCGGAUAUUGGAAGGGAAGCGGAGCGACAGGAGGCAACUAUUUUGGAUUCGUUGUUCUCCUGUCCUCGACCCCCUUUUUUUCCCCCCCAUCAAGUCCGUUCCUCACACACACACUCACACACAUACAUACACACACACACACACACAGUGCGUAAAGGACGGUACCCAACGGGCUGAGAGACACUUGUGAGAGAAAUGAUCGCUAAUACUUUGAAUGGAAGGACGUGAGCUAUACCUGCUUUUCACCAGUCGUUUCUAAAUACGCGAACGGAACAUGGUUUUAUUAUCUGGAAUGUGAUAUACAGGAUUUUUGAGGAGAACCGUCAAGAAGCACACACCUCGUACCAAGUACCUGUGAAAUCAGACAUCCCUCUGCGCCCGUCAAAAAAUAACCAACACUCUGCCACUCUGCAACUAGCUGUCAGGGGAGUUCACUGUCUGACAUCCGGCGUACACGCUGAGAUACUGGACGACAUCUGGCAUCAGUUCAACGCGACUUGUGCUCUUGCGGAAAGCCUGGCGCAGUGGAGGGAAGCGUGCCAUAAAGGAAGCACCCGAUUCAGGCGUUUGCCAACUAAAGACCGAGUACUGAACUCAACUGGGACCUUCAGCAGCGGGCGGUAAGAGGAGGAGGCCAUGUGGACCGCACGCCUGCUAGUCCUCGCCAGCCUCUUCGCACCAGCCGCUCUGGCCUUCAGUAGAGCACCCAUCCCCAUGGCGGUGGUGAGGAGGGAGCUGUCGUGCGAAAGCUACCCCAUCGAGUUGCGCUGCCCGGGCACCGACGUCAUCAUGAUCGAGAGCGCCAACUACGGCCGCACCGAUGACAAGAUCUGUGAUGCAGACCCAGCACAGAUGGAGAACACGCGGUGUUACCUGCCAGAUGCAUACAAGAUCAUGUCUCAAAGAUGUAAUAACCGGACCCAGUGUGCUGUCGUGGCCGGACCAGACGUAUUUCCUGACCCGUGCCCAGGAACCUACAAAUAUCUGGAAGUCCAAUAUGAAUGUGUACCCUACAAAGUGGAACAAAAAGGCUCCUCAGUAUUCCUGUGCCCAGGGCUUCUGCGCAGGGUGUACCAGAGCGAACACCUAUUUGAAUCGGACCACCAGUCUGGAGCUUGGUGCAAAGACCCUCUCCAAGCAUCCGAUAAGAUCUACUAUAUGCCCUGGACACCCUACCGCACCGACACGUUGACUGAAUACUCCUCCAAAGAAGACUUCAUUGCCGGAAGGCCAACAACGACCUACAAACUCCCACAUCGUGUCGACGGCACAGGCUUUGUGGUCUACGACGGGGCGCUCUUCUUCAACAAGGAGCGCACACGCAACAUUGUCAAGUUUGACCUGCGAACUCGUAUCAAGAGUGGCGAGGCCAUCAUUGCUAAUGCCAACUACCAUGACACAUCACCAUACCGCUGGGGUGGGAAAUCUGACAUCGACUUGGCUGUUGAUGAAAAUGGCCUAUGGGUGAUUUAUGCCACUGAGCAGAACAACGGGCGGAUUGUCAUCAGCCAGCUAAAUCCCUACACGUUGCGCGUUGAGGGGACCUGGGACACGGCUUAUGACAAGCGUUCUGCAUCCAACGCCUUCAUGAUCUGUGGGAUCCUUUAUGUGGUGAAGUCAGUAUAUGAGGAUGAUGACAAUGAAGCAACAGGAAACAAGAUUGACUACAUCUACAACACAGAGCUAAGUAAAGAUGGGUUCCUGGACAUCCCGUUCCCCAACUCUUAUCAGUAUAUUGCUGCCGUGGAUUACAAUCCCAGAGACAAUCUGCUGUAUGUUUGGAACAAUUACCAUGUUGUGAAGUACUCGUUGGACUUUGGGGCACUGGACAACAGACUUGAGUCUUCCUCCUCUGUGAUGGUGUACAUGGACACCACAACGGGGGUGACAAGAACCACUACUCGACCCACCACUGUUACCAUGACAUCCACAACAGUCAGGAUGACCACUACCAAGAUGCCUGCCACAACGACCGCAGUCGUCCAGUGGCCAAGGACCACAACAACGGUGGCAGCACCGGUCCAGACGCUAGUGGAGGGUUUGGUGCCAGAAGACAGUGAUAAGUCGCCACCUUCCUCCAAGCUUCCCAACAUCAGGGUGGAGUACUGCAAUCCUCUGGUGAUGAUGGACAUCUCCUGGCCAAAAACCAAACAAGGCAUGGUGGCCAAGAUGCCCUGUCCUCCUGGGACAAUAGGCGUGGCCUCAUACAUGUGCGUUGGUCCAGAGGGCUACUGGGACCCCCAGGGACCCGACUUUAGCAACUGUACCUCCCCCUGGGUCAACCUCAUCAGCCAGAAGCUAAAAGCUGGUGAGACAGCUGCAGUCAUUGCCAGGGAGUUGGCAGAGCAAACCAAGAGUAAUCUUCAGGCAGGGGACAUCACCUACACAGUGAAGGCCAUGGUUCAACUGGUGGAUCUCCUUGACGUGCAGCUGAGGAACCUCACACCGGGUGGCAAAGACAGCGCAGCAAGGAGCCUCAACAAGCUGCAGAAAAGAGAGCGUUCUUGCCGGUUUUAUGUUCAGGCCAUGGUGGAGACGGUCAACAAUCUGCUGCAGCCGCAGGCCCAGGCAGCAUGGAGGGAGCUCAGCACAGGCGAGCAGCUGCGGGCCGCCACCAUGUUGCUGGAUACGGUGGAGCAAGGGGCCUUCGUUCUGGCUGACAACCUGCUCAAGACGGACAUUGUGCAAGAGAACACUGACAACAUCCAGCUGGAGGUAGCAAGGAUGAGCACAGAUGGGAAUCUGCCUGAUCUCAAGUUCCCACAGACUGGAGGACAAGGCAACUCUAUUCACCUCUCCGCUAACACGCUAAAGCAACACGGAAGAAACGGUGAGAUUAGGAUAGCCUUCGUCCUGUACAAACACAUCGGGGUCUACCUUUCAACGGAGAAUGCCAGCAUGAAGCUGGGCAGUGAAGCAAUGGCUACCAAUUACUCUGUCAUUGUCAACUCACCGGUUAUCACGGCUGCCAUCAACAAGGACUCAAACAAAGUUUACCUCUCUGACCCGGUCAUUUUUACCAUCAGACACCUACAGCAAUCCGAGGAGAAUUUCAACCCCAACUGUUCAUUCUGGAGUUACUCCAAGCGAACCAUGACUGGCUACUGGUCGACACAGGACUGCCGCUUGCUAGGCACAAACAGGACACACACCACAUGCUCCUGUACACAUCUUACCAAUUUUGCUGUCCUCAUGGCCCACGUCGAUGUCAAGAACACGGACCCUGUUCACGACAUGCUCCUGGAUGUCAUUACGUGGGUCGGCAUCCUCCUGUCGCUGGUCUGCUUGCUCAUCAGCCUCUUCACCUUCUGCUUCUUCCGCGGCCUCCAGAGUGAUCGCAACACCAUCCACAAGAACCUCUGCAUCAGCCUGUUCAUCGCCGAGUCCCUGUUCCUUGUGGGCAUCAAUCGGGGUGACCAACCGAUUGCUUGCGCCGUCUUUGCUGCCCUGCUCCACUUCUUCUUCCUGGCAGCGUUCACGUGGAUGUUCCUAGAGGGUGUGCAGCUCUACAUCAUGUUGGUGGAGGUGUUUGAGAGUGAGCACUCACGCCGUCGCUACUUCUACCUGGUGGGCUACGGAGUUCCCGCGCUAAUCGUAGCCGUUUCAGCUGCAGUGGACUACCGCAGUUACGGCACCGACAGAGUUUGCUGGCUUCGCCUGGACACCUACUUCAUUUGGAGUUUCAUAGGACCAGCAACCUUGAUAAUUAUGCUCAAUGUGAUCUUCCUGGGCAUCGCUCUCUACAAGAUGUUCCAUCACACAGCCAUCUUGAAACCAGACUCCGGUUGCCUGGACAACAUCAAAUCAUGGGUGAUUGGGGCCAUUGCCUUGCUUUGUCUGCUGGGCCUGACCUGGGCCUUUGGCUUGAUGUAUGUCAACGAGAGCACCGUGGUCAUGGCCUACCUGUUCACCAUCUUCAACUCCCUGCAGGGAAUGUUCAUCUUCAUCUUCCACUGUGUGCUGCAGAAGAAGGUACGUAAGGAGUAUGGGAAAUGCCUGCGUACUCACUGCUGCAGUGGCAAAAGUGUGGAGAGCUCCAUCGGCUCUGGGAAGGGAACUGCCUCCCGCGCUCCAGGACGUUACUCUACAGGUUCACAGAGCCGUAUCCGUCGGAUGUGGAAUGACACAGUCAGAAAACAGUCUGAGUCCUCUUUUAUGACCGGCGACAUCAACAGCUCUGCGUCACUCAACAGAGGGGCUAUGGCUAACCAUCUUAUCCCUAAUGCACUCCUACGUCCUCAUGGCACUAACAAUCCCUAUAAUACAUUGCUUGGGGAAUCGGCAGUCUAUAACAACCCUCUGGGCAUGUACAACACACAAGAGGGAAUCCUGAACAAUGCCCGGGAUACAAGUGUCAUGGAUACUCUACCACUGAAUGGUAACCAUGGCAACAGCUACAGCAUCGCUAGCGCAGAGUACAUGAGUGACUGUGUUCAGAUCAUUGACCGGGGCUAUAACCACAAGGAGACUACCCUGGAAAAGAAGAUCCUGAAAGAGCUCACCUCCAAUUAUAUCCCUUCCUACCUCAACAAUUCCCACGAGCGCUCAACCGAGCAAAACCGGAACCUAAUGAAUAAGCUGGUCAAUAAUGUUAGCAACGGCGGCAAGGACAGCGGCUACGGGAUGGGCUUGGGAGUGGGGAUGGGCAUGAAUGUCGCGCUGAGCCUAGAUGACCACACCACCUUUGGUCCACACCACGACGAAGGCCUGGGCCUGGAGUUAAUCCGCGAGGAGUCUAAUGCCCCUCUGUUGCCUCAAAGACCGCCCCCGUCCCUGCAGGCGGUGGACAACCUUCACAAUCACCUCCACCAGUCAGUGCCGCCACCCCUCCCACUGCCCCACCACCCCUUCUCAUCCGCCACCACUUCCUCCUCGUCUCGAAGGAGGAUCCCCCAGGAGAACAGCGAAAGUUUCUUUCCCUUACUUACCAACGAGCACACCGAGGACGAGGGCUCGUCACCCACCCACAAUCACCAGAGAGACUCUCUCUACACCAGCAUGCCCAUGCUGCCCGGCCUGCCCGACGUGUCUGCAGAAUCUGCUGACGGCUCCAAGGACGCCGGGGAUGCCAAGAGCCCAGAGGCCAGUUCGGAUGAUGUUUACUAUAAGAGCAUGCCCAACCUGGGUUCACGUAAUCACCUUCAUCAGCUGCACUCCUACUACCAGCUAGGGCGAGGCAGCAGCGAUGGUUUCAUCGUGCCCCCCAACAAAGAGGAUCUAUCACCCGAGGAAGCCCACCAGGAGCCCUCGCACCUGGUCACCAGCCUAUAGGCCCACAAAAAAAACCCCACCAGUGUCCCUCCUAUCACCGUAGUCCUCUUCUCUUUCCUGUGUCCCCCUUGUUCCAUCAGUCGUUGGCAGUGGUAGCCUUUCUUUUUAUUCUGUGUCCCGAAGACUGAGGCGGAGCAAGUGACUGUACUCUCGCUGUUACUGACCACGAACAGGAUAAUAAUUGCUACGAAUGGGGGCGAAUAUGUGACUAUAUUUGGUUAGACAUUGCGGGAAUCUGUUGAUGUUGUGUCCCCCCCCCCCCCCCCCCACCCCCCUCCAACCCUGUGUGGUUUGGCGUGUUUUGUCUCAGUGUGAAAAGAGACAAUUGCUCACACAGGAUUUUUAGGUCUCAGAGAUAUAGUGUGACAGUCAAAAGGAACUGCAUAGCCCCAAACUAUACAAGUCUAAACUGUAGACUUCACCAGAAUAAAUGGGGAAUUUAAAAAAAAGGACUAUUUUAUUAUACUUCUGUAUCCAUAUUGACUUUUUGAAAGAUUUUCUUCCUCUUUGGUGAGUUGCAGCACAUUUUGUUUGCUGAAGUGUCCCUUCAAUGAAAAAAAAAAGACAAAAAAAAAAAGAAAACACAUUUU